AUGAUGAGUGAUGCAAGUGACAUGCUCGCUGCGGCUCUGGAGCAGAUGGAUGGCAUUAUAGCAGGUUCAAAGGCACUGGAGUACUCCAACGGCAUCUUUGACUGCCAGUCCCCUACUUCUCCAUUCAUGGGGGGGCUACGGGCCCUGCACCUAGUGGAGGACUUACGGGGCUUGCUGGAGAUGAUGGAAGUGGAUGAGAGAGAGGGGCUGCGCUGCCAGGUCCCGGACUCGACGGCAGAGGCUCUGAUUGAAUGGCUCCAAAGUCAAAUGACUAAUGGACACAUAUCUGGGAAUGGAGAUGUGUAUCAAGAAAGGCUGGCUCGUCUGGAAAAUGAUAAAGAAUCUCUUGUUCUGCAA